AUGACUCCUUCACCAAGCGCCGACGUUCUGGCCUACGAGAAAUCAAUCUUUGAUGGUGGCCUCCACUUUGCACGACCUGCAUUCACUUUCCAACCUUCACAAUGGGAAUCACUAGCCAAAGAGACCCUUUCAGCUACAUCUUGGGGUUACAUUCAUGGCAACGCUGGUAACGCUUCCACAUACGAGAAAAAUAUCGAUUCAUUUUCUCGAUGGUCAAUUAUUCCAAACAGACUUGUGCCAAGCCGAAAAGACGAGAACGGAAAUGAGCAAUUCGCUGAUACCACAACAAAGGUAUUGGGACAAACUCUUCCCUUUCCGGUGGCCAUUGCACCAAUUGGAGUUCAGAAGAUCUUCAACCCUGAGGGAGAAGCUGCUGCAGCUAGAGCUGCCGCCUCGCUGGGUAUUCCAUAUACUCUGAGUACGGCGUCUAGUACCAGCAUCGAGGAUGUGGCAGCAGCAAACGGUGAAAACGCGCCGAGAUGGUUUCAGCUUUACUGGCCAAGCCGGGAGCACGACGACAUCACGAUAUCCAUGCUCAAGAGAGCUAGAGAAUCCGGAUACACAGCACUUAUCGUCACUCUCGAUACAUACGUUCUGGGGUGGCGUCCGAGCGAUUUGGACAAUGGCUACAACCCCUUCAUUCAUCCAGAUCAUAUCGGUGUAGAGAUUGGCCUGACUGAUCCUGUUUUCAAGAAGCAGUUCAAGGAAGAGCACGGCUAUGAUAUCACUAACGCACCCAGUGGAGUAUACCAGGCGGCCCAAGGUGGAUCAGCAGGAGCUGGUCUGGGCGUGGCAGCUCGUGAAUGGGCCAAGAUUGUGUUUCCCGGACACUCACAUACCUGGGAAGACAUUGAGUUCUUGAAGGAGCACUGGGAUGGACCUAUUUUGCUUAAGGGCAUUCAAAGUGUACAGGACGCUAAGAAAUGUGUCGAAGUUGGCGUCCAGGGAAUUGUGGUAAGCAACCAUGGCGGUAGACAACAGGACGGCGGAGUUAGUAGCUUGGGUAUGCUUCCAAGAAUCGUCGAUGCUGUUGGUGACAAGAUCGACGUACUGUUCGACAGUGGUAUCAGAUGUGGUGCGGACAUCAUGAAAGCCUUGGCUCUUGGAGCAAAAUGUGUUCUUGUUGGCAGACCAUACGCGUAUGGUUUGGCACUUGGUGGAGAGGAUGGAGUGAGGCAUGUUUUGCGAGCCUUAUGUGGUGAUUUGACCAUGAACAUGCAUUUGGCCGGCUUGAGAGAUAUCAGUGAGGUAACGAAGGAUAUUUUGGUAAAGGAGAGUGACUUGUUCUAG